AUGUUGACAGUCAGUGCUGGAGAGAACCCGCGUCCAGAUUUCGAAGAGUCUUUGCGUGUAGUCAAAAUCGAUGACACUCAUUAUGUAGGUGCACACUGUUUAAGGAAACCUGUCAAAAUGGCUAGGGGUAUUUACGGGGGACAUAUGAUUGCCCAGUCGCUAUUGGUUGGCAUAGAAUCGACAAGAUUGGAGACUACGAAUGAGGUGAUGAUCCCAGACUCGUAUCAUUCAUUUUUUAUCAAUGCGGGAAACAACAAGACUCCUAUGGAAUACGAAGUUACCAAGCUAUAUGAUGAUGAGUUGAUAAGCAAAAGAUCCAUUGUUGUGUCACAAGGCGGGAAGAAUAGACUUACAUGUGUGGUUAUAUUGAGAAAGCAAGGAACCAAACCAUUACACAAGAUCGAUGAGAAUAUUCCACCACCACUAAUUCAAACCAGGUACCCUGACCCCGACAAGUUGCACCAAGUCCAACAUACAGACUUUUGCAGGAACGCUUUCGAUGAUGACUUUGUGGAUCAUAGAAGAACUCCUGAGGAGAGAAAACUACAUUUCGCAGAAAGAUGGAUAUCAAUCUUUACUGGGUUGAAAAACAUCCCUGAGCCAGGCGCUAAAUACGAUAAAGUGAAAGAUGCGCUCCCAGAUGCUGUUGGAAACAUGCAAAGCUAUGAGCUUGAUAUACUUCGACCCAAAAACUCCCAAUCGGUGAAAGACCCUAUAUACAACUACGUUGGGCUUGGAGAAAUUUCCGACAGCACUUUCAUCACAACAUUGGCUCGUGUGUUGCAUAUUCCUUGGGCGCCAUCACUAGAGAGAGGUGAAGAAUACGUGCCUGAGCUAGAUGCGACGUAUUUGAUGAGAUCAUCGUUGAAUGCGCUCCAUGUUUUACAUUAUAACGCCAUGUCAUUGGAUCAUCAUAUAUACUUUCAUAAUGAUGAAUACGAGCCCACAGAUGGCUCAGCAUUUGAUAUUAGCAAAGAUUGGUUGGCAUUCACUUAUCAGAUGAAGAGACUAAGCAAUGGUAGAGUCCUCGCCCGUGGAUACAUGUUUAAUGAAAACAGGAAAUGUGUUGCUACAGUUCUUCAAGAAGGAUUGGCUCUUUUGUCAGAAGGUGUUGCUACCACAGCUGAUAAAUCGCGUUUGUAA